AAAAGAGAAAGUAACUGUGUUGCAGCGGGAGAUCAAUGGAGCCAAGUGAAUGGAACGUUUAUAUCUAAAUCAAUACCUGCGGGGAAAGCAUCAAAUGCCGGGGAGACGCGCUCAUUUCGGCACGAAGGUGAUCGGUGGUUCGAGUUGAAUCGGCAGAGCUGCCAGCUUCCCCAUGCCUCCCUCUCCUCUUGACGGCAGGCUUAUUGUGGCACUCUCGAGACCGGUGAGACCUCAGGAACUCAAGCUUUGCUUAGACUCUUCUUUCCUCGAAUCCAGCUCGGUCAGCGAGAGCUACAGAUCUUUGCUAAGCACAAGCGUAGUGUCUCUGAACGCAGCUAAUCUGACGUAUAUGCCCUCUUCCAACGGCUCUGCACGCUCCCUGGGUUGUGGAUGUAGCAGUGCCAGCUGUUGCACUGUGGCAGCUUACGAAAAAGACAGCCAAAGCCAAAGUCAGGCCAUAAGUAGCUCCACCAUCUCCAGCAGUGCUGCAGGACCCUCAUCCUCUUGCCACCCAAACCAAAUGGUCAACAACAAUGAGGGCAGCGGCACUUUGAGUCCAUCUGGUGGAGUGGGAAGUCCCGUCUCUGGUGCUACCAAGCAGUUUGCCAACGUGAAAAUCAUCUACCCCAAUGACUUGGCCAAAAGGUUAACGAAAUGCACCAAAACCCACCUCCCAAACCAAGGGCCUGUUAUCAUUGACUGCAGACCGUUUAUGGAGUACAAUAAGAGUCAUAUUCAAGGAGCCGUGCAUAUUAAUUGUUCUGAUAAGAUCAGCAGGAGGAGGCUUCAGCAGGGCAAGAUAACGGUCUUGGAUUUGAUAUCCUGCAGAGAAUCCAAAGACUCGUUCAAGAGGAUCUUUUCCAAAGAGAUAAUCGUUUAUGACGAUAAUACCAAUGAGCCAAGCCGAGUAAUACCUUCGCAGCCGCUCCAUACUGUGUUGGAGUCACUGAAAAGAGAAGGCAAGGAGCCUCUUGUUUUAAAAGGUGGACUCAGCAGUUUCAAACAGAACCACGAAAACCUCUGUGAUAAUUCCCUCCAAUUACAAGAUUGCUCUGAUGGAGGGGGAGCCUCAGCUGUGUCAAUCACACUACCUCAAUCCGUCCCGAGCACUCCGGACAUUGAAAACGCGGAGCUGACCCCCAUCUUGCCCUUCCUUUUCCUUGGAAACGAACAAGAUGCCCAGGACUUAGAAAAGAUGCAGAGGAUGAAUAUAGGCUACAUCGUCAACGUAACCACUCACCUUCCUCUCUAUCACUACGAGAAAGGAGUCUUCAAUUACAAGCGGCUACCGGCAACGGACAGCAACAAGCAGAAUCUCAGGCAGUACUUCGAGGAGGCCUUUGAGUUUAUUGAGGAAGCCCACCAGUGCGGGAAGGGUCUUCUCAUUCACUGCCAGGCCGGCGUUUCGCGCUCUGCCACCAUAGUCAUCGCGUAUCUAAUGAAGCACACAAGGAUGACCAUGACUGAUGCCUACAAGUUCGUCAAAGGAAAGCGACCAAUCAUAUCUCCCAAUCUGAACUUCAUGGGACAGUUGUUGGAAUUUGAAGAGGACCUAAACAAUGGAAUUACACCCCGGAUUCUCACACCAAAGCUUAUUGGGGUAGAGACCGUCGUGUAGCAGAAGAUCUAUUUUUUUUUAUUUUUUUUCUCCUUCAAGCAAAAGUGUUCGAAAUAAAAUGAUAUUAAAGAAAAAACUUUCUUACCUAUUUCUGGAUGAAGAUAAUACCAGAAAUAAUAAAAAAAAAAGUGUAAGGGUAUAAUAUUGGUAAAUAAUGACUUUGGGUGCUUUUCUGGUUCUAAUCAUGGAACGCAAAAGAUUUAAAGCUUAAAAAAAAAAAAAGAUAAUUCUGCUUAAAAGCUUACGAAAGGAGGUCUGUGCAGGUUCAUGGACUGGGGUAACUAAUGGAAAUCGAAAAAAUAAGUAUCCAGGUAUGGGCCUUAACUCCAAAGACAUUCUCCCGAGAGAACACGAGUGCGAUGACAAAUUAAACCAUAUCUGCCAUAAGAAAUAUAUAUAUUAAAAAAAAGAAAUAUCUCCAACUGUUAAAUCCGGGUGUGUUCUGUUAUAUUUUUGUAUUGGGUUGAUAAGGUUUCAUAAAUAAGGAACUUUGACCAUUUCUUGCCCCUUUGCGGCAUAUCGUGCAAUAAUUCUGUCUUGAGCGUGAGAUCUGUUAGAGCGGGCUGAAUGUGGCGGCGUACUAGAGAAGGAGGAAAGUUUAAAACAAAAGCAAUUAUUAUAUAUUUGUUUUCAUUUGAAAUCUGGUUAUGGUGCCAUAAACCUUUUGUUAAAUAUGUAUAUCAGAAUGUAAAAAAAAAAAUAAUAAUAAUAAGAGGUUUUAUUUUAACUAUUUUUUGCACAAAAAAAUAUAGCUGUGUUCCCGUUGUCUGUGUAAAAUGUCAUUUUGACUAUAAAACUGACAAAAAAGUUAUUUUGACAACG